ACUGUGCAGGGUUUUAUUUUUUGGAGAGAUAGAGUAGCAAUGGCGCUGGUCAUGGCGAUGGCACCAUGCCAGGGACUGGGAGGAGCAACCACAUUGCGAUUUCGCCCAAUAUCGACUCCACCAAGCAAGAGAGGUAUGGCAACCAUCGUCAUGGCAGUGCCCAAGAAGCGAACCUCCAAAACCAAGAGGAAAAUCCGCCAUGCCGUGUGGAUGCGCAAAGCUCGAGUAGCCGCCGACAAGGCCCUGUCCCUCGCAAAGUCCGUUCUCACUGGCCGCUCAAACAGCUUCUACUACGAAACCGAUGAUCAACCUCCGGCGGAAACACCCAAAUGCUUUGGCGAUGGCUAUGGUCUGACAGAAGAGGGAAUGCUCGACGAGGAGGAAGAAGACAUGUUAGAAGAAGCUCGGUUCAAUGCGAGAGCAGUGGUGGUCGGCAUGAAUUUCCUCAAUCUCCUGGCAGCAGCGAGGCUUGCCGGAAGAACACGCUUGUAAGUUGUAAGUUGUUCUCCAGGAAAGAGAAAGAGAAGCUCCACCGUUUUAAGUC